UUUCCAUUGCCCUUAUCAACAGCAUAACCCCACCUUCCCAGAACCAAAAGAGAAGAAGCAAAAAGCCCAGAGACCGUAGAGGAUAGAUAGCUCCCCCAAACCCUUAUCAUUUUUAAAUUAAACUGAUAAUGGCGUUUUUCAGGAACAAAGUCUUAGUCUGCACCAGCUUAGAGUAUCAUCAGCUCACAUCAAAUGAAAUGCUUUCUUCCAUGGAGAAUGCUAAGCUUGAAGGUGCUGAUCUGGUUGAGCUCCAAAUAGAUUCCUCCUUCUCCUUCCCCAACAUUUCAGACCUUGGAGACCUCAUCAAACGGAGACCACUCCCCGUCAUCGUCUCUUUCAGGUGCCAUUAAUUGCAUUGACAAUGGGUGAUAAAGGCCUUAUAAGCCAGCUAUUAUGCGCAAAAUUUGGUGGCUUUUUAGUUUAUGGAUCCAUGAGUGGAAAACCAGUACCUGGCUUGCCAACUCUUGUCAGUCUUAGACAAGUUUACAAGAUUGAGAAUGUAAAUAUGGACACAAAAGUUUUUGGCCUCAUCGCGAAUCCAGUGGGCCAUAGCAAAGGCCCUAUUCUGCAUAAUGCUGCUUUCAGAUAUGCAGGGUACAAUGGAAUUUAUGUUCCUAUGCUUGUUGAUGAUGUCAAUGAGUUCUUUGGUGUCUAUUCAUGCCCUGACUUUGCGGGCUUCAGCGUUGGAAUUCCACAUAAGGAAGCAGCAGUGGGUUGCUGUGAUGAAGUUCAUCCCCUUGCUCAGUCUAUUGGAGCUGUAAAUACUAUUAUAAGGAGGCCUAGUGAUGGGAAGCUGAUUGGUUAUAAUACAGAUUGUGAGGCUUCUAUUACUGCAAUGGAGGAGGCAUUGAGAGCAAGGAAGGGAGAUAAUGGGGAAACAUCCAACACUUCUCCUCUUGCUGGUAAAGUUUUUGUGCUAGUUGGAGCUGGAGGUGCUGGAAGAGCACUUGCAUUUGGUGCCAAGGGUAGAGGUGCUCGGGUUGUCAUAUUUAACCGCGACUAUGAGAGGGCGAAGGCUCUUGCACUUUCAGUUUCAGGAGAAGCACUGCCUUUCCAAGAUUUGGGGAGCUUCUGCCCAGCGAAAGGCAUGAUCCUUGCAAAUGCCACUUCCGUUGGCAUGCAACCAAAUUCAGAUAAAACACCCAUUCCGAAGGAUGCCUUGGGGGCAUAUGAGCUGGUAUUUGAUUCAGUUUACACACCUAGAAACACUAGGCUCUUACAAGAAGCUGAGGAGGUUGGUGCCAUUGCGGUGAGUGGCAUUGAGAUGUUCAUUAGGCAGGCCAUUGGUCAGUUCAAUCUCUUCACUGGUGGAGAAGCCCCUGAAGACUACAUGCGCAAAAUUGUUCUAGCACAUUCCUGACAUGUCACCCGUCACCUAUCAUGAUUAAUAAGGGCCCGAGAAUAAACCCAAGCCUGACUACUGCCUAGAACUGCAUGCUAUGGGUUGAUCACAGGAUCAUGUGGGCCUAAGAAUCCAUUGUUUCGGCCAUGUCCAUUAGUAACAAAGAAGCUCAAGAGGAAAAUCAACU